AUGACGCAGCCAAGAGCUGCCGAUCUUCCGGUGCCAGAAUCGGAAGACGCGGAUCUUCAGCUAGGGGAUGAUGCUGAAGAAGAGCAUGACGAGCAAGCGGAAUAUGAACAAUUCCGCCGGUGGAUGCAAAUCCGAGAGCGUGAGCGGCAUGGGAGAAGACGAGGACGCGACUCAAGAGAACCAAGCCGCCGCCGUGACGAUGAUGAUGAUGAGUUCGGCAAUGAUAGCCGGGCCAAUGCCGGCCCACCACCUCCGUGGGACGGGACGGAAAGUCCUUUCGAGGAUUACCUGAUUCGAGCAAGAAUCUGGGUGAACACGACAAAGGCUCGGGCCAAGGCACGCGGGCCCCUUCUCCUCAAGGCCCUGAGCGGUACUCCUUUCCAGGACUUCAAGUAUCUGGCUAAGGACUUGUCGUGGCUUGCCGACCCGGACAAUGCCGAGAUCUUGUUAUCCAAGAUGGAUUCUCCAGAGUACUAUGGAGAUGAUCAGGAUGAGCACCUGCUGGCCUCUCUGGCGCGGAUCACAUACCACUUGAAGAGGCAGAAAUCUGAAAGCGCACGUCAGUUUCUGGGCAGGUGGGAAGCAGCAGAGAGAAAGGUUCAUGAACACAAGGUGAACCUGCCGGCGAUCUACAAGGGGUUCCUUCUGAUCAAUGCCUUAGGACUGCCUGAAGGUGACAUCAAGGCCCUGCUGAACUUCACGCAAGGUUCGAUUGAGCCAAAGGAUGUCAAGAAUUGGCUUCGGAAACACGAGGCCAAACUUCAAGCAAACCAGCUGGGCAAUGAUUCGAUGAUGAAAAACCCUAAGACACCAAGCAGCGCGGUCCAUCUUGUUGAGGACCCGGACGAUGCCGGGUUGGAUCUUCUUGAUGAGAUCGACGACACAGAGGACCUGGACACCAUGGAAACCAUGUUGGCGGACCUGCUUGAUGCAGACCCGCCAGAGCCAGGCACCUUCGAGGAGAGCGAAGCAGCCGAGAUCUUGGCGAUGAUGAUCAAGGAGAAGAAGAAGUCUUACGUCCAGUCAGCUCAGCUGAAGAAGGAUCGAGAACUCGGUCGUGGCUAUCGCGGCGGUGCUUCCGGCGGACCAAGCCGGGCCGCCCAAGGCCCGAUACGCCCGGGAACUUAUCGUCUUUCGAUUGCUGAACUGAAACAACGGACGAGGUGCCAGAAAUGCGGGCAGCUGGGACAUUGGAAGAGGGAAUGCCCCAACAAGCCAUCUGGCGCUGGAAGCUCUAAUCAGAAGGAGACACAUCUCCUUGAGGUGGAGCUCGAUGACUACGAGGACGCCAUGUUUUGCCACAUGCUCGAGCGGAUUCCGGUUGAUGGCGGCACGGCCUCGCAAGGAUCGGGGACCGAGCCGGUUUUGAACGAGGAGAAUGAGCCAAAGGGCUACGGGCAUGACCUUUCGAUUCCCUUGUACAUCGGACCCACAGGAGCUCUGCGGAUCCCGCUGAACCAGUUCAACCCCGAGAUGCUUCAAGCCCUGACCCAAGCCGAACAGAAGAUUCAGAAGAGUAGCUGCAAUGAGUUCGAAGUGCUGUCGCUGAGUGAGCUCGCGGCCUCCAUCAUGGAUUGUUCGUCCCCGACGAACAAACGCGCUCGUCCCGAGGGAGCCGAUCAGGAUCGAACCGGUCGAGCCGUCUCAGCCUGGCAAAGGUUCCUUCUGAAGAUCAUUGUCAUGUUUCGUCCGGCUGUUCAGUUCAUGGUCAAUGUGGUCCAAGGAUCCUUGGACCGAUCGUUCAACCACGUGAAGGAGAACGUGGCCGAGUUCCAGGUGACUCACCUCGAGGAGCUCAAGAAGGCCGUGGACGCAGCGAUCAAGGACAAGACGGAGUCCGACCGGAUGAUGUUCGUCCGCUUCCAGAACUGGAAGAAGGAACGGGCUUACAGCUCGAAAGGUCUCGCCCCACCGGCGCCGCCGACCGAGACCGAGAAGGAGUUCGAAAUGGUGGAGGAAGAGAGCUCGCUACUGACGAUGCACUGCUCCGAGGUGGGAAGCCGGGGACGGCGUCUGUCACGACCAAGGACAGACAGUGCCCCAAGAGGACCUCCUCCACCGGAGCCGGUGAAGUACUCGAAGAAGUCUUCCUUUGCUCCGUCGGAGACCAGCUCGGCGUUCUCAAUGUCGACAACCAAGCAACCGGUGCCGACAACACCAAUGCCUCCCAGCUACAGCCCCGAGGGCGUGAUCACGGACAAGAUGAAGCAGCAGGAGGUGUUCACGGCCAGCGCCCACCUCUUCAACAACCGUCUGGUGGUGUGUCGUUGCCACCCCGACCGGAUGUGCAAGAUGGAGCUCAGCCAGACGCCGGUCAACUACAAGCGUCUGUUCUUCAACUGCAGCGAGAAGAACGAGGAGCGCCAAUGCGGCUUCUUCCAGUGGUGCGAGAAUCAGCCAAUGCUGGAGGACGGCUACAAGGAGACCCGCGAGAGGAUUCGACGAAGCUAUCCGCGGGACCUGACGCCGAGGGAGAUGCUGGUUAUGAUGUGCCAGGAUCUAUGCGGGCAUCACGCCACGACCCGGGCGGGAUCCAAUGGCUUUGUGACAAGGGUGAGGUGCAGAACCUGUCAGAAGCUGAUCAGCUACGAGACCAAGAGUAUGAUACCGGUUUCGACAGCCGAGCCGGCUGCCGGAUCCAGCAUCCCGGAAGAGUCGGAGAGCAGCCUUCAGGCCGAUUACCAGGAGUUCCUGAAAUGGCAGAUCAACUGCCUAUCAACCGGGAGGCAUGGACUAGGGCACACCAAGGCCGAAGCUGACAUGUUCUGGAAGUCUGAAGAGUUCGGGGUUGAUAUGUCGGUGCUGAAUGUAGGAAACUGCGCGAACAUGUUCUUGAAUCAACUUUGGCAUGCCAUUGACCUUAAAGCUGCGUGUACCAUGAUAGUUCUCCCCAAUGUCUCGGUGUUCAGUGAGCUGCUGUGUCAAGUGCUACUGCAAGGGAUACAGAAGCUCAGCCACGGACAUAGCAAGCUUGUGGUCGUCAGUGAAGUAGGAGCUGGCCUGGCAAUGCUUGAUCAGAUGACAUGUUUGCCACACCGCAGCCGUCACAGUGGGAUGGCCUAUGCCACCAACUGGCAGGGGCUACAUGAGGUCUUGCAACAGGCCCAUGAUUCCACGGCGGCCCAGGCGAAGAACAUAGUCCGCCACUGCUUAGGUAGCGCCUAUGGCAUCGACCGUGACCGAGUUCAUGAACAUGAGAUCUCGGAACAACAAGUCGAGAACCAACGACAGCUGGCGAACUACCAGAAGCACCUGCACCGGCCGAUGGAGGACCAUGAGAUCUACUACCAGCACCACAAGGAAACGAAUCAGAACCGCGACUUCAACAUGAUCAGCCGGAAGAAGGGGGACAACAUGUACCAGUUCAUGCAGACGAUUCAGAGCCACGACUUCGACGCGAUCAUCCGGAAGAAGGGGGUCCUACAGAAGCCCGAGGGCGUGAAGAUCCUUCGGGCCGCCAAGGCCUCAGACGACGUCAUCAAGGUCGCCCAGGACUUACGUUGUAGCGUAUGCGAGCGGUUUCUCCAGACUCGACCGCCCCGCCGGGCGGCACCACCUCGCGAGCUUGGGCUCAAUGAGGUAAUUGGAAUGGAUACGGUGUGGCUCCCAGCUGUUGGCCAGAAGCGGAAGAAGAUCGCUUUGAACAUCAUCGAUUAUGCUUCUCAUUUUCAGAUGGUGAUUCCGCUCAGGGGUCGUAGUCCUGAAGCUGUUUGGAGUGGCUAUCGCAACUGGGUCAAGUUCUUUGGACCGCCCAAACAGAUCUGGGCAGACCAAGGUGGCGAGUUCAAGGGCACCUUCCGAACUCGGACUGCACAAGAAGGCACCCGCAUGGAUCCCAGCAGCCUGGAAUCCCCAUUCCAACGAGGACUGGCCGAGCGACACGGAAAAACCUUCAAGGCGAUGCUCGAGAAAGUGAUGCAGGACUACAACUGCAGCUCUGUAAGUGACUGGCAGGAGCUCGUGGACACGACCAGCAUGAUGAAGAACCGCCUCGCCUCGCGGGGAGGUUUUUCUCCUGUACAACGAGUCCUAGGUUACCUUCCUCGCCUACCAGGCGGACUUCUUUCUGGAGGACAAGAUGACGCUGAGGCCGGGAAAGAACCGAUUCUUGGAGAUGGCGGGCUACAGCGGGCUAUGACCAUCCGCAAGCUUGCCGCCAAGGCCUUCUUUGAGGUUGACUGCGAUCAAGCUUUACGCAACGUGCUGGCUGGUGGACCACGUCCUCAGUUUGACUACGCGGUGGGACAGAUGAUCUACUUCUACCGCCUCGGGCAUUCCAAGAAGGGUGACCGACCACACCAAAGAUGGCAUGGGCCGGCCCGGGUGAUCAUGACGGACCUGCCGUCAACACUCUGGCUCAGCUACCAAGGGAACUUGGUCAAGGCCUCACCUGAGCGAGUCCGACCAGGCAGCGAGGAGGAACAGCUCACGAUCUCCGGAUGGCUUGACGGACUUACACAGGCCAAGAAGGAGUUCGAGAAGGAACCCAAGAAGGGCUACAUCGACCUGACCAAGGAUCCGGUCCCCGAGUACACCGACGAGAUCGAGGAGUCCACCGAGGACCUCGGGGACGACGACAUCCUACCGGCCGGAGUCCACUACAGACGUUUGCGGGCCAAGAUGAGCCCAGAGCAAGCCCGUCGGAUUUCCUUCGGGCCGGAGAACAUGGACGAAACGCCACCGAUGAUCAGAGAGGGUCUUCGUCCUGAGGAGAACUCAGGGGUGAUCGCGGGCCGGACCAACCCGGCAGAACUGGAGGUACCAGAUGACGACAUGAACGAGGACAAUGAGGACGAGGAACCGGCAGUGGAACCACCGGCUAAGCGAUCAAGGAUCCAGCUCCUCGAGAUCUACUACGCCAAGCUGGAAACACUUUUCAAGACGCGACAGAGGAAAGAGGUCCGGCUGAAAGACCUGAACGCUCGAGACCUGGAAUGUUUCCUCAAAGCAACCACCAAGGAGAUCCACAACAACCUGGAGACCAAGGCCUACGAGAUGCUGGACAGUGAGGAGAGCCAGCGGAUCCGGCGGGACAAGCCGGAAAGAAUUAUGGAGUCCCGCUAUGUUCGAACGGCAAAGCCGCUCGAGCCUGGCGAUGUCGACAAAGCCCAGGCCGAUGGAACGUUGCUUAGUGAUGAGCACGGGGGACCUUGCAAGGCAAAGGUCCGGCAUGUCAUGAAGGGUUUUUCUGAAGAUGGGGCUGAGGAUCUUGAGGCGGCUACUCCCCAGGUGACUAGAGAAGGCGUUAUGUUUGUCACUCAGGUGAUUGCGAGCAAGGGAUGGAGACUUGGGUUUCUUGAUUUUACUCAGGCUUUUCAUUCCGGGGAUCCGAUUGCUAGGGAACUGUACGCUGAGCAACCUCCCGAAGGAGUUCCUGGUAUGAAAAAGGGUGAUUUGCUGAAGCUUCUCAAGACGUGUUACGGUCUACUGGACGGGCCGAUGGCCUGGUUCAGACACCUGAAACGGGUCCUGUUAGAGGAACUCGGGUACACCCAAAGCCUUGCUGACCCCUGUAUCUACUUUCUUCAUGAUAAUGAGCGCAAGGGUUGGGAUCGCUUGAGAGGGAUUGUGUCCGUUGCUACUGAUGACUUGCUUCAUGGUGGGGAUGAUGAACAUGAGUCACGAAUGCAAAAACUCAAUGAACGCUACAAACUUGGAAAAUUCCAGUACGGAGCUGGUAGGUUCACCGGAAAGCAGUUCACCCCCCAAGAUGACGGUAGUAUCAUCAUCGAUCAAAAGCACUAUGUUGAGGAGAAGGUCCGCAAGAUCCCUUUAACCCGAACCAGGAAAGGCCAGAGAUACUCGUAUUGCAGUGAAGAAGAAAUUGCUCAGCUCCGAUCUUUAGUUGGAGCUUUAUCCUGGCUUGCCAAGGAAACCAGGCCCGAUCUGUGUGGUAGAGUUUCUCUGUUGCAACAACAGUUUCCUCGUCCCCGUGUUCGUGAUAUCGUCACUGCGAAUCAACUUGCUGUUGAAGCUGAGAAGUUUUCGGUUGGCAUCAAGGUUUCCCCGAUUGCCUUGAAUAAACUUCGGGUCAGUGCGGUGACGGACGCAGCUUGGGGAAAUUCCGAGGACCCCGCUCAGAAGGAAGAAACCGGUUUGGAUUUCUGGGUGGAGACUCCUACUCAGUGGAUUCGGAAACAUGUGCAGCCUAGAAGAACUUUGUUUCAUCCUGGCAUGGUUGAUAGUGGCCCAGACAUCCAUCAGAUUGAAGCGAGCCGCAUCACCAGGCUGCGGCAAGACCAUAAGGAAGACAGCCGAAGUGACCAAUGGAAUACCAGCAAGGUUGGUCUGAUUCCCGGAGAGCCGUGGACUGGCGAGACGGUCUUCACUAAGACCACUCAAGGAGUAAGCGCCGCUGACAUUUCAGAGACUUUUCUUCAGAAUCGUCGUACGUGUAGCCAGGGCGGUCACAUCAUUAUCUUUCAUGAUCAAGAUUUGCAGUUUGAGCCGUCAGCAGAAGUGACCGUUGCUAGCUGGAAGAGCUACCGUCUGAAACGGAAGGUGGUCAACACCCUGUCUGCGGAAUGUCAGGCGCUGGCCAGUGGAAUCGGCAAUGUUCAUUGGCACAGGUUUCUUCUCCUCGAGGCCCAAGGCGCGGAGAUCAACGAUCAGGACUGGGAGAGGUCUUUAGCGGGUAUGAAAUAUCUGGCUGUUACUGAUUCUAAGUCGUUGUUUGACUCAUUGUCGAAACAGACCUGUCCUUACAGUCAGAUCGACGACAAACGUACUGCCAUUGACAUUUCAAUCAUCAAGAACGAACUUUCUCAAGGGGGCACCAUUCGCUGGAUCGAUGGCAGAAACAUGAUUUCUGACUCUUUGACCAAGAGUGCAAGUGGCUGCUAUCUUCGUCACGUCAUGUCAAAAGGUCGCUGGACUCUAAACGAGCUCGGAUUUCAGACUUUGUUCCCAGAGGCGACGGUCACCAAUGACUGUCUUUUCCUCUAUGAUGGCUUGUGGGACUCGUGGUUUCAGCCAAAAUAA